UUUUUUUUUAUUCUUUCUUUUUCCUAAUCAUGAUCUUACCUUACAAUGUACAAGAUAUUGAAAAAUAUGGACAAGGAAAAGCAGCCAGACUACGUGUGAGUGGUCGACGUCGGAAAUCUAUGGUGUUGAUAUUAUUGUUCCUAUCAUGUUUUGCCAUUCUAGGUUGGUUAGGGUACAAGGCAAGCAAUCCAUCUUGGUUUAACUACAAACUAUCUAGUAAAGAUAUCAACAGCAACAACAGUGAUACUAUUAUUAUGACCACUACUAUCACAACAACAAUCAUACAUUCACCUACUCCAUUAGCUGAUCCAGUCAAAACCAGAGUGGAAGCCUUGAUCCGUUCUCAUCCACUUGUCGUUUUCUCCAAAACAUAUUGUCCAUAUUCGAAAAAAGCCAAAGCCAUCUUGAACAGCUUUACAUACAAAACUCCAUAUCAAAUUGUGGAAGUGGAUCUACGAGAGGAUGCUAGUGCGUUGAAACAAGCCCUUGGUGAACUAUCGGAACGAUACACAUUCCCUAAUAUAUUCUUGAAUGGUAAAUCGAUUGGUGGUGCGGCGGAAAUCGAAGCCCUGCAUAGACAAGAUCAAUUGGCUUCUUUGCUUGGUUCGGAAGGGGUAAUCAUUUAAUCUUCUGUCAUGUGUAUUGAUUGGGUGAACUGCGAAAAUGGGUGCCUUAGAUUGAUAUUCAGAUCUCCUUGCCGCUACUUGUCCCCCCCUCGUUCUUCCCCGCCAUUAGCUUAUUUAUUUAGACCCUUUUGUUUUGAAUUUUUUUUUCUUUUACUCUGUUCCUGUAUAUAUUUAUCCAUCU